AUGGACAACGACCCGGCCAAUCCGCUUUGCUUUGACAAGGGCAGGAAGUGGCUAAACGCCAUGAUUCUAGCCAUUGCUGUCUGGACCGUCUCGAUUGCCUCGUCUGGAUUCUCACAAGGAAAUACGGACAUUGAGACGGAAUUUGACGUGGAUGGCACUAUUGCUCUCAUGGUCACGUCGGCUUUUGUUCUUGGUUUCGCUGCCGGCGCCUUGGUCUUGUCACCCAUGAGUGAGGUCUUUGGUCGAAAGAGUCUUUACCUCUACACAUACGCCGCGUUUGUGGUACUCUCAGGCGUCAUUGGCCUGGUUCACUCAAUCGAGUUGGUCAUCUUCCUUCGUUUCCUUGGUGGCCUCGCCGGCUCUUUUACUCAAGCUGUUGCGCCAGCCGUUAUUGCCGAUAUGUUCGCGACGAACGAGCGAGGUUUCGUGUUGGCCUUCUUCACACUGGCUGGUCUCAUGGGCCAGAUGCUCGGCCCAAUCUUCUGCGGCUUUCUCGACGCUGCCUUUGGUUGGCGCUCUCUUGCUGUCUUCAUUGCUUGCCUGGCGGCUCCGACUUGGAUCGCCAUGAUGUGCACUUUCCCGGAGACGUAUGCUCCAGCCCUCCUCCGCCAGAGAGCGGCCAAGAUGGAGGCCAUACUGGGCAAGCCCCACCUGGUCGACGGAGUGGGAGAGGAGAAGACGGUUGCAAGCCAACUGAAGGUCGGCGCCAUCCGACCAUUCCUUCUCCUCUUCCUGGAGCCUAUUGUCGCUCUUCUUACAUUGUUUCUUUCCGUGGUUCAGGGAACCAUGUUCCUUUUGUUCGCUGCUUAUCCCAUCGUCUUCCAGCAAACCCGCGGCUGGCACCAGGGCGUGGCCUCGUUGCCCUUCUUGGCCGUGGCCCUGGGUAUCGUGAUUGCUCUUUUCUACUCUGCGCUCUUUGACCAGAAGCGCUAUGCCAAGGUCGUGGACAAGAACCAGGGCAGAGCUCCCCCCGAGGCUCGUCUUCCUCCCGCCAUGCUAGGCGCCAUCUGUCUGCCAGUCGGCCUCUUCUGGUUUGCCUGGACCAACAGCCCCUCCACUUUCUGGCUCAUCUCUGUCAGUGCGGGCGUCUUUAUUGGUUUUGGUAUGGUUCUGCUGUACAUGAGCUUAACCAACUACAUUGUCGACGCCUACCUGGGCUAUGCUGCCUCUGCGCUGGCUGCCACCACUGUCGUCCGGUCUGGUGCCGCUGCCGCCUUCCCUCUUUUCACAAGCACGAUGUACGACCAACUCGGCAUCCACUGGGCCAGCUCUGUGCCUGGCUUCAUGUCAGUCAUCUUCGUGCCCGCCCUGCUUGCUUUCUACAAGUGGGGUCAUAUCAUCCGCAGCAAGACAAGGUUUGCUGCCGAGGCCGCACGCUUGGCUGAAGCCAUGUCUGGCGGAAAGUAA